CAAAGCCAAACCCCUUUCCCCGUUCUCUAGCCGCCUCCCCGAAUUCUCUCUCCGUCGCUCGCCGCUUUUCCGCCUCCUCUCUCUCCCCUCCCCCGGCUCAAUGGAGGCUCUCACGGGCACCGCCUCCUCCUCCAUUCUCCCCGUCCGCCACCCGCCUUCCCGGCUGGCCCCACAGUCCCUCGCGCUCCGCCCUAGCCGCUGCGGUCCCAUCCGCGCGGCGGCCGGCGGCGGCGGCAAGGACGAAGCUCACCCCGCCCCCGCCGCCAACGGGUCUCCCGUCCUCAAGCUGAAGAGUGAUUCGAGUCAAAAUGGAGUUAUACCGAUCGCUGCUGACAAGUCGCUGAAGGCUUCAUCAACCAAUACCGGUAGUGACUCAAGCGGAUCCAGAGCAGGCCUGUUUAGAACACCCAUAUCAGGUGGCGUGCAGAGCGCGACUUUUGCGCAUGGUUUGCCUCCGCCGGCUCUAGCUGUGCGCAAUUUGAUGGAACAGGCACGCUUUGCUCACCUGUGCUCUGUCAUGUCUGGCAUGCAUCACCGCCGCACUGGAUAUCCAUUUGGUUCACUUGUUGACUUUGCUAAUGACUCGAUGGGCCACCCAAUAUUUUCGCUGUCACCCUUAGCGAUCCAUACAAGGAACUUGCUAUCAGAUCCAAGAUGCACGCUUGUUGUCCAGGUGCCUGGAUGGAGUGGACUGUCUAACGCACGAGUCACAAUAUUUGGUGAUGUUUACCCUUUGCCAGCUGACCAGCAGGAAUGGGCCCAUAAGCAAUAUGUAGCAAAACAUCAGCAGUGGGCAUCACAACAGUGGGGAAAUUUUUACUAUUACAGGAUGCACAAUAUAAGUGAUAUAUACUUCAUCGGAGGCUUUGGAACUGUUGCUUGGGUAGAUGUUAACGAGUACGAAACUACUCAACCUGACAAGGUAGCAGUUGAUGGUGCCGAGAAAAGUUUGAAGGAGUUGAAUGCAAUUUUCUCUAAACCACUUCGAGAGUUAUUGUCAUCAGAAGGGGAGGUUGAUGACGCUGCUGUUAUAUCAGUAGAUAGCAAGGGCAUAGAUAUACGGGUUCGCCAGGGUGCUCAGUUCAAUAUUCAGAGGCUAGCAUUUGAUGUCCCUGAGAAGGUUCUGACUCUAGAGGAAGCCAAGAGAGCACUCCACAAGAUCAUCAAGACGAGCAGCAAAUAGAGUGAAGAAGGUUGCGGAAGCUGGCUUUACUCAUUUUUCAAAUGGCGUAAGGUUUCUUUGCAAUCGAACGACGAGGACUGAGGAUUAUGUAAUGUAGCGAGUAGCAUGCAUAUGUGAGAACUGGAACCGAUGGCUGUGUUGCUAAUAAUGAGGCGAUAGUCUCUCUCCACAUGUGGCAAAGAUUGUACGUAUGCCCGUGUUGCUAUAUCAAUAAUGAUAUGAUUGUGCGGUUGCUGCUUGAGGAAAA